CAUGUGUCGACUCUCCCCCGCUGGCACGCUGCCGCCGCCGCCUGCACGCUCGCGCUGCGCGGCGGCGCGCAUCCUGCCGCCGCGGCUGCGUCCGCGCGCGCUCUAUCAACGUCGAGGAGUGAGCGCGCUGCUGCUGGUGCCGGCGCGGCGCUGCGCCUAUCGCUAGCUGCUUCCUCGCGUCCUCGGCAGUGUGGAUCGCUCCAUGCGGGCUGUGACGACGCCGCUGUGCGCGUGCAAGUGCAGCCCGUGCUCGUGUUCUUCGUCCCGGCGCUCGAACGAGUACCGCGCCUGGCGUCCGCGCAGCAGGCGCUCUUCACGAGGCGAGGAUGGAGGACGCUACAGCGAGGAGGAGGACGAGGAAGAGGGCUCGUCUUCGAACGCCGAAGACGGGACGAGCGCGGAGUCCGCCCUGGCCGGCGGUGGCGUGACCUUCAAGCCGCAGCAGCACCGCAAACGCUGCUGCGACGACGACUUCUCGUCUCUGUCGACGCGGCUCCGCUGUCUGCUGGCCGCGGUCAUCGUACUUCUCGUACUCACGGCGGUGUUCGUGCCGCUCUACUACUUCGUCUUCAGGGAGCACUUGGGCCCGCUCUGGAGAACCCUGUUCUGGACGCGCGCCACCGACGCGUCAUCCGGCGGAGUGGAGACCACCGUUGGCGGGACUACGCUGGACGAGACGCUGGCGCCCUUUCAGACGACACCGGCGUGGAAGCCGCAGUGUCCCGAAGCACCGGUGCUGGAAUGGAACCGUUUCGACUGCUUCCCGGAGAAUCCCGACGUUGACCUGAGCACGUGCGAGGACCGUGGAUGCUGCUGGGCUGUCACCAACGUCCGCAACGACAAGGACGGUCCUGCUGCCAGGGAACACUACAGGUCGGCAUACACGAAAGGUGCAUCGGCCGUCCGAGAGCGCGAGCAGUUUAAUCAGCUUCGUCUUGAGGUGCGUCGCUUUCAACCCGCACUGGAAUCUGCACUAAGAGCAGCACGCCAGUUACGAGUGCAGUCGAGGGAGGCGCAGUACAGCCUGACGAAGGCGACGGCCGCGCUCAACCGCACGCGGGAGCUGUUCAAGCUGUCCCUGGACAUCUACCAGAGGGGUGCCCCUUUGUUCCUAGAUACGCUCACCAUGGAAUCAGCAGCAGCUCUGCUCCCCAUCAUUCGGCUCGGAAACUGGGCUUUCGAUUUCCCGCCAUCACGAGUCAGCUCGGACUUCAUGAAGACACCGCGUUCUUCCGAAGAGUUCCUGGAGGAUUUCUCGGAUUUUUGCAUCUUGGAGUUAUCGACGCCACGAAAGCCGGAAGAAUGCAGAAUCAGCUCAAAGUGUUUCGACCUCAUGACGGAUCCUUAUACAGAUGGAUACUGGCUAACGCACGAAUUAUUCUACGCACUAAUCGCAUACGUCAGCCCUUGUAGGCAGCGACUACAAGAACUCCUGAGGGACCAUAGGGAAAUGAACAUCAAAACGUUCCGCCACCAGACUUGCAGUAACAUUUACAGGGACGCCAUAUUCGAAAGCAAGCGAGGUUUGUCGGAACUGUUUCAAGACCUUUUUAUCGAGCAAGUCGGCUUCUGUGGGUUGGCCGGCUUUCCGGAGUUCUACAAGCCGGAGUGGAUUCGCGCCAUUCGCAGCUGGCAGAGAGCGGACGGUUGCUUUACGGACUCCUUGGAAAUUGUCGACGACCCGCUCACAACUUUCAAGAGGAAACCGGCUAGGACCAAGCGAGCGGAAAUACGACUGGAAGACCGCUGCCGACCGCACAAGACAAUACUGGGGGCAAUAGCGAUGUCAGCCGGACUUAAGUAUCUGAUAAAUUCAAAUAAUUUAACAAUAAGUGUUUAAGAUGCUCAGACGAGCUUAGGCAGACUAAACACGAAACAAAGCAACCAGCGUGAAAUUUAGCGUACUUAAGAAGAACAGCAUCGCAGUGAGCAUUCUACAAAACGUAAAAAGGCAUUUCAACGCAGCUUAAGAAACCAGUCGUUAAUCUAUAGGGUAGCACAGCCUAAUAAAGGAUGCAACUCAACACAAAGGAUAGCUAUUCGGUCGACAAAGGUCAUGGCAAUUUUAAACAGUUACAAAAAUAGGGUACGCGAGUGCAGGACCAACAUACCAUGAAAAGCGCCUUCCCUUGGAGUGUGCGGAACUUGUUAUACUGACGAAUAAACUACUUAUUUUCCACGUGCG